AUACGUAUUUAUAGGAAAUCACCCCGAUGCAUACUAGACUACUGCAGAAUUCACAGCCGACGUUACAUUAUUACUGAGUACUGCCUCUAUUCGUAGGCUAUCAUCUAAUUUAAAAACGUCUCAAUCGGCCAAAUAAAACAAUAAAUCGUUAAGUUAACCCUACCAUGGAUAGAAAUUAUCAAGAAGGACCGGACUAUCCUAAAUUUCUCGACAACAAUGAUCCUCUAGGGCACUUCAGACAGAGGUUCUACGUGAAAAAAGAUGUGAUAUACAUGUGUGGAAACUCCCUAGGCCUUGCCAGUAAGGAGGCAGAUGAAUGCACCCAAAAAGCAAUGGACCUAUGGAAAGAAGAAGGAAUCAAAAUAUGGAACUACGAUAAUUCGAAAUAUUUUUUAUACUCAGAUUAUUUGGCAAGAAUGAUGGCACCGAUAGUUGGGGCCGAUGCAAAUGAAAUAGCAGUGGUUAGUUCAACAACCGUCAACAUACAUCAGGUGAUCAGUACGUUCUACAAGCCAACUGAAACCAGGUACAAAAUAUUAGUAGAUGACAUUAACUUCCCGACAGAUAGAUAUGUAGUGGAUAGUCAAGUGAUGUUGAAAGGGUAUGAUCCUAAAGACGCUGUGAAGAUAGUCUCGCCUUACAACGGGAAAUUUAUGGACGAAGACGAAAUCAUUAACAACAUGACUCCGGACGUGGCUGUAGUUUUCCUACCAACAGUUUACUACCGAACAGCUCAGAUUCUAGACAUGGACAAAAUUACUAAAGUGGCUAAAGAACGAGGGAUAGUCAUAGGAUGGGAUUUAUGCCACGCCGUCGGCGCUAUAGAGAUCAACCUCACAGAUCUGGACGCCGAUUUUGCAGUGUGGUGUACUUAUAAGUAUUUGAAUGGAGGUCCGGGAUCAGCAGCCGCUUUAUACAUUAACAAAAGACACUUCCAGAUGUUGCCGGGUAUGUUUGGAUGGUAUGGAAACAAGACCGAGACACAGUUCGCGUUGAACCAAGAGUUUGAGCAUCAGCAAGACGCCAGCGGAUGGCAGUUAGGGUCCCCCACUGUAGCAUCGAUGGCUAGUCUGGAAGGAGCACUGAAAAUAUUCUGCGAAGCGGGCAUGGGCGAUAUACGGAAGAAAUCUCUUCAUAUAACCGGGUAUCUAAUGUUCUUGAUCGAAGCAAAGCUGUUGAAAUACGGUUUCUCAAUAGGUAAUUUUAAAGAAGAUAGCAAAAGAGGCGGUCACGUGUGCUUGGAACAUGACGAGGCUUAUAAAAUAAGCAUAACUUUGAAGAAGCGAGGUGUCGUCCCGGACUUCAGGCCGCCAAACGUUAUUCGAUUAGCUCCGGUCGCUCUGUACAAUACAUAUCAAGAGGUUUACGAUUUAGUUGAAAUUUUAUUAAACGUAGUUAAGACUGGAAGUUAUAAGGAAGUUGGUGAUAACAGACCUCUGGUUGUGUAGCUUCGUCAUAAUAGUAUAAAUAGCUGUUAUUUAUUGUUUUUAUGUUUGAGUAUAAUUUUUCCGUUAACGCAAAUCAAACGUACUGAAACAGUUUAAUUAGAUUUAAGUUUUGAGUUGACUGUUUAAAAUACUUAUUGCAGUACAACUACCGUCUUGAAGUCUCGAGCUCGAUUUCAGUAAUAGGUUAAUUGAUAUUGGCUUUUCUGUUCAGUAUCAACGCAAAAUCUAAAAUUGGCUCGGUAAAUGGCAAUAUAUUCCCUGAAUUACAUGGGAGCCCACAUAGCUGGUGAAUUGUGUAUAGUCUAGUGAUAGCACAUCUGCCUACAACAGAAAUAGAAAAAGAUGUUAAUUUGUAACGAAUAGUUUUAAUUGUAAAUCUUAACAAAUGAAUUAAACAUAGUAUAGAUAAUUUCUUGUGUUUAUUUUUAUUUUUCUUUAAAUGUAGACCAACGAGAUUAUGUUAUAUAAUAUUGUGAUGUCGGAAUCUUAAGUUCAAGGGCCCUCCACUCAAAAACCUAUAGGGAAAUAUACACUACAACAAGGAAACGUCAUUGACGUAUAUGGCAACAUCGAUUAUAAUGUAAAAUAUUCUUGAAAUUGUUUUAACUCAAGGAAUUAUAAGAAUAUUCGAGUACAAAAGUACAUCAGACAUUAAUUUUUGGAAAUUACCACCUAUUAAUAUGUCCAGAUUAGAGAUAACAAAGGUUUAAUGUCGGCUGAUAUCAAUGAUUUAAGGUCGAUAAUAAAUUAAUAUUAGAA